AUGUCGUUGUACGUGGCGCUCGUCAUUGGCUCUACGGGUGCAGUGGGUCGCGAUCUCGUCGCAGAACUCGUAUCUUCGUCCAGAUGCACCAAAGUCAUUGCACUCACGCGUCGAGACAUACCCGAGUCAAUGUGGACAUCCGUGUUUCCGUCGAUGGACUGUGCUGUAGCAGCAAAAAAGCUCACAGUGCGAAAGGUGGACUUUGAUCGCCUGUCGGACUCGGACCUUGCGGCUACAGACAAAGUGGACGCGGUUUUCUCGUGUCUAGGGACAACCCGCAAAGAUGCCGGUUCAGGGGAAGCAUUUCGAAAAGUGGAUCUCAAGUACGUGCAUCAAGUUGCUGAGUUGGCCAAGACAGCAGGUGUCCCGUACUUUGGACUAUUGACAUCCCAGGGCGCAAACAAAGACAGCUGGUUCCUGUAUCCUCAAACGAAGGGAGAAGUUGAGGACAAGGUGCAGCAGCUACAGUUUGACCGGUGGUCUGUAUUCCGGCCGGGCAUGUUGCAACGGGGAGAUCUGCUGCGAGGCACGGAAAGGAUGUUUGGAUGGAUGAUACCGGGGUCAUUUCAGAUUUCGGUCAAAGCAGUGGCAAAAGCCAUGGUCCAUGACUACGAAAACGGCAACGAAGGAAUCAAGGAAUGGAGUCACGCUGAUCUCAAGACGUUCGAGUGA